CAAGAAGCAAGCAAACCAGUGGUCGAAGAGGGAAUCUAUAAUUUUUAGUGGCAACUCCAUUUGGUGCUGAGCGUAGUCCCUAAAUUACAGUUCUUCGCAAAACCAACAGGACUUUCGUUUUCUCCAGUUUAUUGUUUCUCUCUUGCUCCAGUUUCACCUAUUUUCUCUGAUAAUUGAGUGUAAAACAGCAAUGGCUAGCGAGAUUGAAACCGCCAUUGCACCGUCUGCAUCAGCCGAGGGUCAGAAACAUGGCGAGGGACUCGAGAAUAACAACAGUAUUGUUGGUAAUGUGGAGAUGGGGUCCAGCACGUCAGACAGCCGUAUAAAGCGAAAAGCUAAGAGAAGGAUCAAGCGUAGUCCAAGUACCGAGAUGCAGCAAAUUAACGGUACGGUGCAAGUUCAAAGAAACACAAAAAACAUGCGAAAAUCUCGCAUGGGCAAAGGAAGGGGACAACCGAAAAAAGGCGGAGCUGGUGGUAAAGGUACCUGGGGAACACCAGGAUCUGAGCUCCUUGAAGAUGGAAUGUGCAAUGAUGAAAAGGAUCCAAAUUAUGACUCUGAUACUAGGGAAAAUUAUUUUACUUCUGUCGUACCUGCUAUUCAUGAAGAUGAGUUUGAAAAGGUUGUUGAACCAAUUCUCCAGGAAUACUUUGAACAUGGUGACACUGAUGAGGUUGCUGAAUGUUUGAAUGAACUGAACAUUAAACAUAUUAGGCAUGGAGUGCCUAAACUUGCUGUGACGAUAGCUUUAGAGCGAAAAGCUGCUCAGAGGGAAAUGACUUCAGUCUUGAUAUCCGACUUGUAUGGCAAGAAACUUGUGAAUGAAGACGAAGUUGCAACUGCUUUUAAUGAUGUUCUCAAUGAAUUAGAAGAUCUAUCACUAGAUACACCUGAUGCACCACAGGUUGUUGGUCAGUUUAUAGCACGUGCUGUUGCCGACGACUGCCUUCCACCGAAAUUUGUCCAAAGCCACAGAGGCAGUGCUGAGUCAGAGAAGCCCAAAUCUGACGAAGAUAGUAGUGAAAUGAGUGCUGAGCAGUUGAAAAAACAUGCUCUUUGCAGAACUGCUUUAGAUAGGGCAAGUGUACUUCUGAGUAUGAAACAUGGUAUGGUAAGACUUGAUAAUGUCUGGGGUGUCAGCGGUGGAAUAAAACCAGUCAAGUCAUUAAUAAAGAAGAUGGUUCUUCUUUUGAAAGAGUAUCUCUCCUCUGGUGACACAGAAGAGGCUGUACGCUGCCUACAAGAACUAGAAGUACCACAUUUCCACCAUGAAGUGGUCUAUGAGGCUAUAGUCAUGGUAAUUGAAGACAUGGGGGAGAGAUCUGCCCAGAUGAUGGCAAAGCUCUUGAAGAGUUUUUAUGAUAGUACUGUAAUCACAUGGGAUCAGCUUGUUAGGGGUUUUGAACGAGUAUUUAAUUCCAUGCCAGAUAUAUCUUUAGACGUGCCUUCUGCCUAUGCUUUAUUAGAACGUUUAGCUGACCUCUGUGUCGUUGAAGGUUUAAUGUCCGAGAAGAUGAGAAAUAGAGUUCCAUCCAGGGGACGCAAAAGGUUUGUCUCAGAAGGAGAUGGUGGCAAGGUGAAAGAGAACUCUCACUGAUGAUUGUAUCGUCAGUACACUUUCUCACCCUCCCGUUGUUCUCAUGAGAGUAAAAUUUACUACAGAGUAUGGCAGACGUGUCACUGUGUUGAAUGGUUUUACAGAAGUCUUUGCCUAGUAAAAUUCUUUCUUCCAUGGAAAAAUGCAAGAGAAAAUGAUCAAAAAAUUUUAAGAUAUUUUUUUUCAUUCAAGGGGUUUCACUUUCAUUUUGAUUGAGUGACUUGAGUAAAGAAUGACUGAGUUAGGAUUGCGAGUUGAGCAUUUAUUGGUCUGUACUUUUUAGUUAGUUGCUGCGUUAAGUGAAAAAAAAUGUUGUAUGACUGUUCUUUCUGGACUUAUGCUUAAAAUAGUUUUUAAUCAUGCGAUUUAUUUUCCUUUAUCGAUAACAUUUCUGAUUAGAAUAAUUGUUGAAAAAAAAAGUAUAUUUUACUACUCAUGAAGCAGUGCGUGUGGAGAAGAAGAAAAUAACAAUAGUUUGAUCUAUUAUAGGACCAUUCCAGCUUUAUUUCUGAGUUUAUCCCUUGAUUUGUGGAAAUAAUGCAACUAUAUCUACAGUGUACAUGCAUUGUAAGGGAUAGGAAUACAAGAUGAUUAAUCUUCCUUUUCUCCCUAUUUGUUGUUGCAGUCUUUAUAAAUGUAAUUGGCACACUGAAUGAUUGAAUUAGUACAGAGGUGAUUGGUACAGAGAUUUCCAUACACCGCACUGUACUGUGUAAUCAUUAUGUAAUCAUACUUAGAUGUACUUGCCAAUCGUUUUACUUCAAUUUAAAUUUUUCUCGAUUUCAAGACUUCAAUACUAUUCAUUUUCAGUCUAUACAAUUGUCUACUAUUCUAACGAAAGGAAUGAAGUCUAUUAUCUAUUUUUGGUAGCAGAACUUGUUACUCUAGAAAAUAAUUCUAUACAAUGGAAUCUAGUUAAAAAUUUCUUUUUUGAGAAUUAUUUGGGUGAUGCUUUAUGCGUUUCCCCUUCAAAUUAGUAGAAUGUCAAGUCUGCUUGUGGAUUGUAAUGAGAUUGAAUUACUUAUAAAAUGAUAUCCAUGUAGAAUUGAAUUUACAUGUCAGUUGCUUUAUAACAAUUUAUUUUUCUUCAGCAGUUCACAUUCAUUUGUCAUCAUUUCUAUUUCUGGUGCUAUUUUCAUUGGUUUUGGAUUUAUUUUGUUUUUCUUUGCAUUGUAAUUGAUACAAAUACAAUUGCUUUUCUGAUAAACUGAUUCUCCCACCCAACACUGUACAUUAGCAUUGUAGGUAGAGCGGUAUUAUGCUUUACUAUCAUGCUGGGACUUAUUGCCAAGUUGAACAUUUUAAAUGUUUUUAAUGGGUUCUGCAUUUUUAAUUGCAAUCUGAUUUACCUAUGAGUGAUUUAAAAUCAGUCCGAUAAAGUUUAUUGUAGGUAAAGGUUCUGAUUGUCUUUAAUUACGGUUGCUGAUAUACGUUGUCUCCAACUUCCCAAGGACUAUAACAAAAAACUUACAUUUGUCAAGCAGUUAGAGCGUUCCGAUGGAGAAUUGCAACUGCUGAUUGGUGGCUGAUCUUGCCAGACUUUAGCAGAAUUUUCAUACUUGUUCGCUUACAGAGGAGAUGUGUAACAGCAACCUGAACUAAAUCAGGGCACUCUUACCUCAAUAUUUCGUUGUACGAGUUGAAAAAAGUAAAAUACAAAUGAAUAUUCUUGUAUUGUAAACCCCCCUCAAAAUGACUACAGUUUCUUGUUAGGCUGUCAGAAAAGGUCUUUCUAUUGAAAGAUUCUCUUGACCAAAACUUAAAACUGUCUCAUGAUUUAGUGAAAAUCUCUAUUUUGGGAAAAAAGUGGCUUGUUGAUCUAAUAAAAUGCCUAAUUAACCAAGACUUAACUCCAACUCUAACAUUUCUUACCAUUGUAUUCAUAUUCGCUCCUCACUUUUUUCUUUUAAACCCCCAAGCAACUGAUUUUUUGUUGAUGCAGCAUUUACAUCGGUUAGAUCAAAUUAAUUUUAAAUUCAUCUGUAGUUUAUAGAUGUAAGAUUGAGUUGAUUUUUCUGUGAGGUGUAUUUCAGUUCUUGUGAGCCAGUAAUUUGAGAAGCAGAGUGAAAUGUAUUCUCAUGAUUUUACCUGUAUUUUAUUGUUCACCUUGAAAAGAAAUGUUUCCAUGGCCUUUUUCUCAAUUAUGCUGUCUUGUGAGUGUUUGUGUAUCCACACAGUCGUCUCUUGUACUGCGCCCUCGGACAGCCAAAUCUAAUUUGCCUUCACAUGCUUGUUUUUUGUUGUAGAAACAAUGAAUAAAAUUGUGCAAGCCAAAAAUAAAA